CUAGAUGAUAUUACCCAGAUGGAACAGAUAAGGCACUUAAUCGUAUACAAUGGUUGGUUCAGCAACGGCAUGCAACUCCAUCACUUGAGCAAUCUCCGGACGCUUACUAGAGUAAGGGCGGGCAGCUGGAUAGAAAAUGGGUUGGAGAAACUGACCAAUUUGGGAGAUUUGGGAAUAUAUGAAAUACGAGGAGAUGUCCAUAUGGCAUUAUCUCGUUCCAUUAGUAAAUUGGUCCACCUCAGAUCAUUGUCGCUAAUGUCAUGGGAUGGAUCGUGGAUUCCAGCUUUUGAGUCCUUCUCAAAACAUGAGCAUCUAUAUAAAAUGACAUUGAUUGGACGCUUAGAGAAAUUACCAGAGCCGCAUGUAUUCCCACCUAACCUCACUGAGCUUUGCUUGUAUGGUUCCAAAUUAGAACGAGACCCGAUGGUAACACUGGAGAAGCUGCCCAACCUUCGGAGUCUCUGUAUCCACGCCAGUUUUAUUGGAGGAGACCCUUGCAUGGGAAAGGAAAUGGUUUGCUCUGCUGGAGGGUUUCCACUGCUCGACACUCUGAAUAUUGUUGGAUUAUAUGAAUUAGAGGAGUGGAGAGUGGAGGAAGGAGCUAUGCGGAAUCUUAGGUGUUUGGAGAUUUCAUCAUGUGAAAGAUUGAGGAUGCUUCCUGAUGGAUUGCGAUAUAUCAUCACCCUUCAAGAAUUGAAGUUGGAAUACAUGUCAGAAGAAUUGAAAGAAAGGGUAAGAGAGAACGAGGGUGAGGAUUGGUUUAAGAUCCGACACAUACCCUCUCUUAUCAUCCAAUAAGAGAGAGUACCUAAGAAAG